GUCAGAGACUUCCCCUGCUACUUGCCCGGAAAGAACAUUAGGAAUGCCUUUCAGUGCCUUGCUUCCUGAACUAGCUCACAGUAGCCAGGCGGCCCGGGGCAAUCCCACCAUAUUUCACUCUCACCGCUGCGGGAAUCCAGAUGCAGGCCAAGUACAGCAGCACGAGGGACAUGCUGGAUGAUGAUGAGGACACCACCAUGAGCCUGUAUUCUCAAGCCUCUGCCACAACCCGGCGGCCGGAGCCCCGCUGCACAGGGCACAGGGCUCCCUCUUCAGCAUGGCGACCAGUGGCCCUGAUCCUGCUGACUUUGUGCUUGGUGCUGCUGAUAGGGCUGGCAGCCCUAGGGCUUUUGUUUUUUCAGUACUACCAGCUCUCCAAUACUCAUCAAGCCACCAUUUCCCAUAUGGAAGAAAGAUUCGGAAAUAUCUCCCGACAGUUUCAAUCUCUUCAAGUCCAGAACACGAAGCUUGCAGAAAGUCUGCAGCAUGUGGCUAAAAAACUCUGUCGUGAGCUCUAUAACAAAGCUGGAGCACACAGGUGCAGCCCUUGUCCAGAACAAUGGAAGUGGCAUGGAGACAAUUGCUACCAGUUCUAUAAAGACAGCAAAAAUUGGGAGGACUGUAAAUAUUUCUGCCUUAGUGAGAACUCUACCAUGCUGAAGAUAGACACAAAAGAAGAGCUGGAGUUUGCCAUGUCUCAGAGCUACUCUGAGUUUUUCUACUUUUAUUGGAUGGGGCUCUUCCGCCCUGGCGGUGGCAAGGUCUGGCUGUGGAUGGAUGGAACCCCUUACACUUCUGAACUGUUCCAUGUUAUGAUAGAUGUCACCAGUCCAAGAAGCAGAGACUGUGUGGCCAUCCUUAAUAGGAUGAUCUUCUCAAAGGACUGCCAAGAAUUGAAGCGGUGUGCGUGUGAGAGGAGGGCGGCAAUGGUGAAGCCAGAAAACCUCCGUUUCCUCCCUGAAACAUCAGGUGAAGGUGACUGACUCCCCAGCUGCAACCACAAACAGCAGAGUGAGCCAGGCAAUGCCAAUGCAAGGGCUACUUGAGACGUGGGGAAAUGGAACAUAAUCAGGCAAGACUGUUUCUCUGACUAGUACAAAAUGGGUUCUCACGUUUCCUGCUCAGGAUCACCAGCAUUUCCAAGCUUGGGUCCAUGCACAUAUUUAACAGUCACAAGAAGUCUUAUUUACAUGCCACCAACAACCUCAGAAACCCAUAAUGUCAUCUACCUUCUAGGCUUAGAGAUAAUUUUUAGCUUUCUUUCUUCUCAACGUCGAAUAUCACCUCCUUGUUUCCAUGUCUUCCUCAUACUUGGAGGAAUGAGAAACUUUUUGAAUUAGGGGAAAUACAUGGAAGUAACAUCCUUUUUCCUGACAGUCAAGUUGUCCAUGAGAAAUUAGCGGUCACUCCCCAGAUUGUACCACCGAAUACACAAGAAAUUCUUCAUGUUUGUUUCAGUUCAUACUAGUCCCUUCUUAAUCUCUCAGUAAAGACCCCAUCUGCUUUCUCUAUGGCCUGCUUCUGAACAGGAGUGUCUCCUGUUAUGAGAAUGUCAGUGUCUUAUAAACAUUCCUCUCUGUGGCCACUAAGACCCUGAUAAUUGUCUAUCUUCCAUAUGAAUUUCUCCCAGGAAAGAAAUAUAUCCCCAUCUCAUUUCCAUAUCAGAAUUACUGUCCCCAAUAUUCCCUUCAAAGAGAUUAAAGGCUAGAAAAAAGUCAGUCUUUUCAUCUGCACCUGUAAUACUUUGAUUUCAGUUCCUAUUUUCUUCCAUUGACCCAUAUUAAUGCCUUUGAGGUACCAAAGAUUUAAUAAUAAUAAAUGUAAAUACUGUGAAGUGUGUG